AUGUCCGAGAUCAAUACUGCAGCCCUCGAGGCUCUGCGGAGCCGCAUAAAGAGUGCAACUAUCUAUACACCUGACUCAGAGCGCUACAAAGACGUUCUAGUCCGCUGGUCGGACACUGGAAUGAAAUAUGCGGGUGUUGUAGUCCAGCCCAUUGACGCACUGGAUGUUUCGAUCGCGCUGUCGUGGGCACAAGAGUAUGAUAUCGAUCUUGCUGUGAAAUGCGGGGGUCAUUCCACCGCCGGCACAAGCUCGAGCGAUGGUGGCCUGGUCAUUGAUCUGUCGCGCAUGAACAAAGCGACAGUAGAUACCGAGCGCAAAACAAUUACCGCUCAGGGUGGUGCAACUUGGAAAGAAGUCGACGACGCUGGUGCAGCCCACGGUUUGGCGGCCGUAGGGGGCACCGUGAACCACACCGGCAUCGGAGGACUCACUUUAGGGGGUGGUUACGGCUGGCUGAGUGGACAGUACGGGCUUACUAUCGACAAUCUCUUAUCAGCGACCGUGGUUUUAGCCGAUGGCCGUAUUGUAACGGCCUCUGCCACCGAGAAUGACGACCUGUUUUGGGGAUUGCGAGGUGCAGGAUACAACUUUGGCGUCGUGGUAGACUUCACCUACCAGGCCUACGACCAGAAAGAUCCCGUGUACUCCGGCCUCCUUGGAUUUACUGCCGACAAACUGGAAGUAGUUAUGGAUGCCUUGAACGAAUCCCUGGCAAAACCUGACUCGCGCUUCGGUGCGAUGUGCAUUUUCACGUUGGCGCCAGAUGGAUCUGGGCCGAUGAUCAUCGUGAUUGGCUUCUACAACGGUCCACGCGAAGAAGGAGAGGAGAAACUCGCCAGCUUCACAGCUCUCGAACCGGUGCUGAACACCCUUGAUAUGAUCCCAUAUCCUGUGGUGAAUACCCUACAGAGCCCGCAAGCGACCUACGGUGAUCGCAAGUCUUUCAAGGGUAUUUUCUACGAGCCGCCAUUGGACCCUCACUUUGCGAGAGUGAUGUUUAAUGAUUUCAUGGCCAAGAUUCAGGGUGAACCGGACCUCAAGACGUCUGCCAUCAUUCUUGAGUUUACCGACAUGCGCAAGAUUUGCGAAGUGCCCCUAUCUGCGACCGCGAUGGCAAGCCGAAAUCCUACUCAAAAUGGAAUCAUCUAUCUAAGAUGGACUGAUGAGUCCAAAGAUCUGGAACAUCGCGCUUGGGCACGAGAAGUCCAAUCUAAGUGGAAAGUUGAAUUGGAUGCCAGAACUAAAGACCAGGGUGUCGAUUUGAGCGUGCCUCAGUACAUCAACUACGCAGAACCUGGUGACUCGGUGGUAAGCAAUAUUUUCGGCGGAAACCUCGAGAGACUGCAAGAGGUGAAGGCGAAGUACGACCCAAAGAACGUCUUCCACAAAAUGCAGCCUAUUCCAACGGGCGCAUCCGUUAGCAAGAAGGAAUAG